AUGACUUUUGGUUGCAACGGAGCCGAGCCAUUAAACCAAGUCAAAACCAAAACGUAAAUGCAGUAGUGACGCAGAGAGGGAAGAGCGGGUACAACAAACUGCUCAGAGAAAGAGACCCACGUAACCAACAACACCGUUCACAUCUCUUUCUUGUCUCGUUGCUUUCAUUUCACUCCAAAUGAUGUUUCAGAUCACCAACUUUUUUUACAUUCAUAUCCUCUCCCGGUAGCUCCUCUUUCUUUCCACUUCUUUUCAGGUUCAAACCCGUCAAUUCAGGUACAGUCAUGGCUAAAGAACUUUUGGAAAUUCAACCACUUGAACUCAAGUUUACAUUUGAGGUGAAGAAACAAAGUUCAUGCUCAAUUCAACUUGGUAAUAAGUCUGAUCAGUAUGUUGCUUUUAAGGUAAAGACUACCUCUCCAAAGAAAUAUUGUGUGAGACCCAAUGUGGGUAUCAUCAAGCCAAGGGCAACAUUUGAUUUUGCCGUUACUAUGCAAGCUCAGCGUAUAGCUCCACCAGAUUUGCAGUGCAAAGACAAGUUCCUGAUUCAAAGCACAGUAGUUGCCUUUGGGACAACUGAUGAGGACAUUACAUCUGAUAUGUUUGCAAAAGACAAUGGCAAACGCGUUGAUGAAAAGAAGCUUAGAGUGGUUCUCAUUAGCCCACCCCAAUCUCCAAUUUUGCUACCAAGAAAUGGAGAACCAUUUCUGGAAACAUCAUUGCAGAAGGAUGUAGCACCGACUGGAGUCGAGAACAUACAUCCAAGCAAUAAUGUAGCUGAUGAUGUGGAGGGCCCUGAAACUGGUAAGGUUGCCGGUGAGUUAAGACCAACCAAGGAUGUGCAGGGGUUGGAAAUGGGAAAGGAUACCGAUGAAUUGAGAGCAGCUGAGGAUGUGUCUUCAAGGCCUGCAAAGGAGGUAACGGAAUUGAAAAUAAAGAAAGACAUAUUGGAACUGAAUUUGGCCAAGGAUUUUGAGGAGUUGAAGUCAAAGCUAAAUCUAGCAGAUUCACAAUUAAGAGAGGCUGAACAUACCAUCAAGAAGUUGACAGAAGAGAGUGGCUUUGCUACUCGAGAGAAGGAUAGGCUUAAGCAUGUGUUAGAGGUGUUGCAGGGAAGGAAAAAUAGAGCGAGAACAGUUCAGGUCGGUUUCCCCUUGCUCUAUGUUUGCAUGGUUGCUCUUAUCAGUUUGGUUUUGGGAUACCUCAGCCAUCGGUAGAACACAAAGUCUUGUUGUGCAAAAAGCCUUUCGAGUAUGAGCUGGUACACCGUCCUUUGUAUCAGUUUGGAGGAUCUUCUUGUGACAGUUCCGACAACAGAAAUGUAGCUUCAUUGUAUGUGAUAGUGAUGUAUAAACUUUGCUGAGAUUUGCAUGUAAAAAGACAUGAGAAAUCACUGGAUAAUCAAAAUUCAUAUACGUUUGGAUUACAAUCAAUACAAAAAUUGGUAGGAACCUUACAAGUUA